GUAACUUCGACGUGUCACAUCAACUUUCACUUGCGUAUAUUCCACUCUUAAUUUUUUUUCUUUAUCGCGGUCAUGAAACUCAAGGAAAUACAUAGAACGUCAACGUUCGCAUGGUCGCCUGACGCGUCUCUUCCCUUGCUGGCCACCGGGACAGUUGCUGGUGCUCUCGACGAAUCAUUCAGCAAUGAAAGCCAGCUCGAAAUCUGGGCCCCAGACUUCCUCGACAAACACGAAUUUGAUUUAGGCGGUGAAGGACAGAAUGGGCCAAAAGGUUUUGUUAAGGAUACUGCAAGAUUUAAUCGUAUAACCUGGGGUUUCGUCGACUCAACUCGACCACGAGGAGUAAUUGCUGCUGGCAUGGAGAAUGGAGAGUUGGCACUGUGGGAUCCUUCUAAGAUUCUUGCUGGUGCAAGCUCUUCUGAAUCUCUUAUCCUCCGCAACAAUCAUCAUACUGGGCCCGUGCGAGCGCUCGACUUCAACCCGAUCCAAACAAGUCUUUUAUCUUCUGGUGGUAUUGGUGGAGAAGUGUACAUAUGGGAUUUGAAAGAUCCUAGUAAGCCAUACACCCCCACCCCUGGUAGUCGAAGCACCAAGUUGGAUGAAAUUACUUCGGUCGCUUGGAAUCAGCAGGUUCAAUAUGUCCUCGCUGGCGCCAGCAGCACUGGAUACACGGUCGUAUGGGAUUUGAGAGGUAAACGUGAGGUGGUCGCGUUGGCAUACGGAGGUGGGGCUGGUACUCUCGCAGGCCAAAGCAAUCAUGGUAACGGCCUUGCUGUGGGUGGUAGGAGAGGCAUGAGUGCAAUUGCCUGGCAUCCAGACAACGCAACAAGGCUGGUAACUGCCUCAGAGGAUGAUUCCUCACCAAUCAUCAUGGUAUGGGAUUUGCGGAAUGCUCGGGCACCGGAAAAGAUCCUGACUGGCCAUGAAAAAGGCGUUCUCUCUCUCUCCUGGUGUAAACAAGAUGCCGACUUAUUGCUAUCUUGCGGUAAGGACAAUCGCGCUCUGUGCUGGAAUCCGCAGACAUCGGAAAUCAUUGGCGAGCUUCCCUCUGCGGACAACUGGGCAUUCCAAGUUGAAUGGUGCCCUCGCAAUCCGGACCUCCUUGCAAGUGCAUUCUUCGACGGCACUGUGGGCAUACACUCUAUUCAGUCUACCAAUGAAUCUGCCGUCCCUCAGCCUGCCACUGUAUCUUCAACAGAUGGUUCCGACGUGUUCGACGUCCCUGGAUUCACUCGUUCUUCUCAAGGCGGAACGCUUUCGCUCAAGCAACCCCCUAAAUGGCUGCGCAGACCAAUCACUUCUUCCUUUGGAUUUGGUGGUAAGUUGGUCAGUGUUUCGAAUUUGCCAUCUGCGCAGGGGAAGAAUCAGUCCAGCGUUAUCCAUCUUCGUAAUGUCGUCACCGAAGAAGAGAUAGUGGAACGGGCCAAAGCUUUGCAGAGUGCCAUCGCUGAUGAAUCGGUCAAGGCAUUUGCUGAAGGAAAGGCAAGCCAAAACGAGGAGGUUUGGAAAGCUUUGCUAAGCAUGUAUCAAGCGGAGUCCCGAGACGAACUAGUUACUUUGCUCGGAUUUUCCAAAUCUGAAAUCGCCGCGAGGAUUGGAGAAGCUGUCGAGAAAUUGAAGGCAGGCGUAGAAGUGAAGCAGGAAGAUGAAAAUGUCGUGGGCAUGAAACCUCCCGUUGUCUCCUUUGCUGAACCCGAACGAGAACCCACUCCCGUUGGUAGUCCCGAUGUCGAUGAGCCAGACAGUGCAGAUUUUGAGAAGACACCUUCCGAAGUCAGUGCUAGUGCUGCAUCCGAUGCCACCCGUCAGGCAGAGACAGAAUCUACCACCACUGCUCCUUCACUUUUCGGAGACGAUAACGGGAUUGCUGAUGAUGGUGAUUUCUUCAGCAACAUCGGUGUUGGAGGAAACGGGUUUACCAGGCAGGUACUUGUGCCACACACCAAUUACGGCGUCGAUUCGUCUGUCGCUGCUACCAUCGGAUCGAGACCCUCGUCCAUCGCUUCGGAAGUGACGAAAAGCAAUACCUUCAAAAUCUAUCCAGCCGACGAAUCCGAGACUGAGACACUUGUCACUAAAGCACUGGUUCUUGGGGAUUUCACUUCGGCUGUCGAACUAUGCCUCUCGACCAACAGAUUCGCCGAUGCACUUCUUCUCGCUGUCCGUGGUGGCCCAGAGCUUCUACAAAAAACUCAGAAAAUUUAUUUCGAACGCCAAACAACCGUGGCGCCCUAUCUUCGUCUUUUCCAGUCCAUUGUGGCUAACGACCUUAGUGAUAUCGUACAGAAUGCGGAUCUUCAGGAGUGGCAGGAAAUUUUCGUCGUUUUGUGUACCUUUGCCAGUAAAGAGGAAUUCCCAGGUCUAGCUGAACAACUUGGUCGUCGAUUGGAGUUCCAGUACACUAUAUCGAAAUCUUCGAACAAUCCCGAAGUUUCUCACAAGGCGGUCGAGUAUAGAAAAUACGCCACUCUCACAUACCUUGCUGCUGCACGACUCGAGCGCCUAGUCAACAUCUGGUCGGAAGAGUUGUCAGAAGAAGAAGCUUCUCUUGCUUUGGAUGAGAGCUUACCUGGCGGAUCACAAUAUACUGCUCAUGCUCAUGCAUUGCAGACGUUCAUCGAAAAAGUCACUGUCUUCCGUUCUGCUACGAAAUAUACAGAUGCAGACCUCGCUUCAGCUACCGCGUCUACCGCUGUCGAAGUUGAUGUCGAGACGUACAAGCUAUCUGUGCUCUAUGAUCGCUACUUUGAGUAUGCUGAUCUGCUUGCUUCCCAGGGACUUUUGAAGGAAGCUGCUUCAAUCUUGAGGUUGACUCCCGCAGAUUACAAAGGAUCCGGAAGCGCAGACUUGUCUGAGGAGAGAAAACGUCUCCUUGUUGCUACGAGUAUCGUUGCACCUGUCGCUAGCACAAGCACCGCGACUGCGUCAAGUUCUCGUGCGCCUUAUGGAGGUUAUGCCCAACCCACUGCCCCUACUCAUAAUAGAGUUCCCCCAGGUCCUGCACCUGCACCUUCCGGCCCUUACGGUGGUGGUUAUCAGCCAGCUUCGAACUAUCAGACGGCCCCUCAGUCAACUUACACUCAGAACGGUCCUUCAGCCAGUCAAGGACCCUAUGGUGCUCCUCAAGCUGUUAACUCAUUCACGCCGGCAGCAAACGCUUACGCUCCCGCUGUCAACACAUUUGUCCCACCUGCGCCCUCUUAUAAUCCUUACGGACAAAAUGCCAAUACCGGACAGCAAAUGCCUACCAAUCAAGCUCCUCCUUUGGCGCCGCCGUCUCGUGGUCCUGCUACGCUCCCCCCUCCCCCGAAGAGAGAUAGCAAUUCUGGAUGGAACGACGCACCAAUUGUAAAUCCCGCUCGGACUUCCAGUGCCAUGGCUAACAAACCAGCUGCAAUCAUGUCCCCGUUCCCAAACUCUACUCCAACGCCUUUAUCACCCCCCAUUAGUGGCUCGUACAUGCAGCAGGCGCAACCGCUUGCAGGUUUACCUCCACCUCCUCGUCCUGGAAGUGUGACGGGUCGUGUCCCUCCUCAAGGACUUCCCGGGCGCGCAGGACCCCCUGGACCAGGAAUGUAUCCUCCUCCAGCAGGAACUGGUGUCCGACCAGCAUCCGUAGCAGGUGGAGGUCCGGGUGGGAUGGGGAUGCCCCCUCCUUCUCGUAUGAUGUCUCCCCCUCAGGUACAUCCUCCUCCUACUUCACAUCACGGGCCUCCUCCCUCCCGCAGCUCAAUGUCAGGACAAACUCCCCCUCCUGGUCCCAAUCAAUUUGCACGUCAUCCCCCACCACAAGCAGGUCAUUCUCGUCUCCCACCCAGUGGACCAUACGCCCAAGCAACUCCUCCGCCCACGCAGUCCCUCCAGCAACCACCUCCAGGUCCAUAUGGCCCUCCUCCUGGGCAAGUUCCUCAAGGACCACAAGCUAGUGGUGGAAUGUAUGCACCACCUCCGGGUGUUCGAACCGGGCCAGUUCAGCCUCCACCUCCUGGUGCUGCCCCUGGUGCUGGUGGCCCACCUCCGCCACCCCCGGGUGCAGGUCCAGUAGGUGUGGCGCCGCCUCGUGCGGCACCUCAAAAAGCAGGACCUCCUCCGCCUAAAUAUCCACCUGGAGACCGCAGUCAUAUUCCAGAACAUGCAAGGCCGGCUUUCGAAGUGAUAUCGAAAGAGUUGGAAAGAUUGAAGGGGAGUGUCCCUCUUACCCAAAAGCGUCAAGUAGACGAUCUGGAGCGCAGAAUCAACCCGCUAUUCGAUGCGUUGAAUUGUGAAACACUGUCGAAACCAGUUGUAGAACAGUUGCUUGUUCUAACUGGAGCUAUGAACGCACGGGAUCGUCCAGCCGCGCUCGCCAUCCAUGUUGACUUACUUACACGCGGGUCGCAGACAGACGAUAUUGGAUUGUGGAUGUCGGGUGUGAAACAAUUGAUCAUGCGAUUAUAGAUAGUGAAAAGUCGAUGGACUUACACGAAUGUUUGCUGUCAAACUGGAGCAAUAAAUAACUUAUCGAGGAUAUUAGUGAGCGGCUAUGUACGGCGCUUCUCUGAAGAUCGGUGUCUCCGGAUAUGUACGUAGCCCAAGUCAUCUGCUGAAUGUUCUGUUUGGCGUACGAAGGCAAUUGGCCAGAAUCACGAGAUUUCCCUUGCGUUCAUCUCCCUUCGGUUCUCAUCGAUCAUCCUUCAAUGUACACGACGCGUUCGGUUUUUACACCGAAAGUGGUCCCAUCACGGAAGCCGCCAGUUCCACCCGUUCACUAUGUAAGUGAACGUGCAGUGCAGUAAAUGUGCAGAUAGUAGCUAACACUAGUGAGCUGAUAUAAGGCCAUAAUUAUGACGGCAGAUUUCAAGGAAAAUUCCGGAGUUUCAAUUGAUGAGCUGUCAAGCAUCCGACGUCGAACCUCAAGCAACUU